UUGAAUGAAAUUCAAUGAAUGUUAUCCCUUGAAACAUGUCUUGUGUAUACAGAAAUUGGGAAAAUACAUUUUAAACGAAAUUUCAACGAAUAAUAACGAGACAGUUUGGAUAAGAGAUGUGAUUGGUUAUCUUUUUUUCAUUCUGGCAAUUGAGUUAAGGUCUUGUUGGCAUUGUCCACUGAAGAUUUUACAUGUAUUUGGAUUACAAGCUCAAUUCUGUAAGAUUUUGAAUUUAUAUGACUAUCCACAAUACAUACACAGUAAAAUUUUGAUGAGUUCAUGCUAUGAACUGGUAUACAUACGUUGUGUUCAUACCGGUGUACAUACGUUACAUAGUUUUUAUACCAUAUCCUGCGUUAAAAGUAUUAUACUACACUGGACAAUGUGUGUAAAGGUGAUGUGUCUAAGGAAAAAGUGAAAAAUCAAUAUUGUUUUUGAAAAGUAAAUAUGACGACUUUAAACGAAAGUUGUUGACAAGAACAUACGUGUGCUAGUCGUUACCUCUUUAGAAAGGAAAUUUAUUCUCUAGUUAGUCAACCAAAAAAAAAUUGUUUUGUAAAAUCAAAUUCCAGGCAGUGCUUUAAAACAAUUUCAUUUAGUUAGAGUUUUAAAAUUAAGUGCAAUGAAAAUAUUCAAUUCCAUUCAAAAUUCGCUCCGAAUUCUGGGUAUUCAUGAGCCGGAACCGAAUUGUAAUCGAUUUACAUUGAAACGAGUGCUUAUUUUGUAUACAUUCACACAAAUUGCCAUUUCAACAACCGCAUUUUUCCUAAUUGAAGCGAAAUCCUUUCGAGAUAUAACCUAUUCACUUUAUACAGCGGCCACGUCGACUCUGUACGUGUCUUGUUUUUCAUUGAUGAUUUUCUAUAUGGAAAAUACAUUUCAAUUGAUCGAAAAUCUUGAGUAUAUUAUUGAAACACGGCUAGUGAAUUCGAUGUCAAAACCACUUUAUGAGGCAAUGAAUUUGUUGAUAGAGAAGAAAUGUCGAACAAUCCAUAUCGUUAUAUUGAAUGUGACAUAUCCAGGAAUUUUGUUGCCGAGAUUUUUGCUCUCAUAUUUUCUGUAUUUUACGACGGAUUUGGGGAAUGAUUCGUUUACUUUACCAGUUCCAGUGUGGUUGUCGAUACUGAGCUGGAAAACACCUUACACUUACCCAAUAAUGUUCAUAGUACUCACAAUAUCAUCCUAUAUUUUGCUCAGUUGUUGCAAAUGUGUCAUUAGCUUAUUUAUUGGACUGGCCAUGGUAUUCAUGACAUUCAUAAAGGACAUGGAAUUGGAACUGCAGACGUUGAAAGAAAAUAAUAAAACUGAUGGAAAUGUGCAGAGAUUCCGGGAUUUUGUGCAAUUUCAUGCACAUGUCAAGAAACGUGCCAGUGAGUUUACCGAACUCUAUUCGACCGUUAUCACGGGUUAUUAUCUGUGGAGCAUAAUUACAAUUGGUGUCACUCUUUUAAUUGUUAUCAUGGAAACGUCCCACCAUCAAAUGUACACCAUUGAACUGAUUGAACCAAUCAUAAUGAUGUUUUGGUCGUUCAUUCAAAUGUUCGUCUUUUGCAAUUUCGGUGAACAUGUCAACAGUGGAUUUAAAGAACUGAGCGAUGCACUUUAUUGCUGCGAUUGGUAUUGUCUUCCAUACGACAUUCGACGUAUGCUACCGAUUGUUAUGAUAGCUACACAGAAACCGGCAAUUCGUGGUUCUGGUGAUAUUCCCUGUUCUAGAGAAUCAUUUUCGGAGGUGCUCAACAAUGGUUUUGAAUAUUUUAGAAUAGUUCGUGAAAUUGGACAUUUGCACGCCCAUUGAAAUGUUGUCUAGCUAUCGAUCGCAAACGAAUGAAAAGGAAACACGAGAGUGUUUUUUUUUUGUUAGAUUUAUUCUUCAUUUCA